AUGGGUUGUGUAACUAAACGAAGAAAUACAGGGACAAGUCGGCGUAAUAUUUCAAAUGAAUGUGAAAUACCUGAUGAAAUUGAUUUUGAUGCGGCGUGGAAAGUGUAUAUGCUCAAUAAAUCUGCGUGCCUUCUUCAUUAUGUUCCUAAUCCAAAAACCAAAAAUUGCCGUGAUAAUCCAUAUUGUUUGGGCCGGUUGGGCCUGGAAAAAUGGGACAAAUUACUAGGUUGUGUCAAAAAUGAAAAUAAAACAAACACUGAUUUGGAUCGACGUGAUAUCGCGAAGAUGCCAUGUGGUUUGGUGAAUCUCGGAAAUUCAUGUUAUGUGAACAGCUUUCUGCAGAUAUUUUUCAAUGACCCUGUUUUCCGCAAAUGCAUUUAUGACUGGCGCCCCGUUGCUAAUUUUGUCAAACCCGAAGGAGAAAAAAUAAAUAUUGAGGAGUUGAUGCAUUGUAUACAAAAAUUGUUUAUAACCUUGCAAAUUACGCCGUAUGAAGAUACCAGCGCUGAAGGAUUGGUUAAGCUGCUUCAGCUGGAUGGCAAUCAACAUGAUGCCUUAGAAUUUCAAAUACUUUUCUUUGGCAAACUUGAAAAAUUACUCAGUUAUCACGUUGAGUGGCAUGGAGUACGCGAAACUAUUCUCAAAAGAUUUAAGGGCGUUAUAACGCAAACGAUUUCUUGCAAAUGUGGACGUCGUAGUGUUACGGAAUUGCCAUUCAACCCAUUUUAUUUAAGUAUUGAAAAAGCUAGGUCGUUAUCAAAGGCACUGGAAUAUUAUUUUCUUCCAGAAGAGUUGCCUGACUACAAAUGCAGCGAAUGCGGACAAACUGGUUCUGCACAAAAUCGUCUUGCAAUUAAGGAACCUCCACCUGUACUGACGAUACAACUUAAUCGAUUUACAUAUGAUGCCGUGGGACACAAAAAGAAGAUUCAUUCACCGCUACAAUAUCCAAGAAUUUUACAAUUGGGUGGUGUGAAGUAUGACAUUUGUGCUGUAAUGAUACAUGAAGGUCCAAACGCUGAUUGCGGACAUUACUACGAUUUAAUAAGGCAUCCAGGCACUAAGCAGUGGUUCACUUAUAAUGAUGAGGUUGUAAAACCAUCAUCCACUCCUGGUGUAUGUGUCGAAAAAGAACGAACAUCAAAAGUUACUGCCGAUAUGAAAGGUUGCUAUGCUUUGGUUUACCGUCGAGAAAAUGAGGAGAAUUCAGCUAUUCCUGCUGUUCCGGAAGAUUUGUUGGGUAAUAUCGCAAAUAAGCUGGAAGAAGAGUUCAUUGCUCAAACCAGUGCAACUACAGAGAUGACCCUCAGACUCAAGAACACUGUCGAAGAUUAUCACAAACGUCUUACGGAUACAUUCGAUAAGUUGGAGGUAAAGAAAAGCGAAGAAAUCUUGAAAAAUCCGGAUGACAUUGUAUUUAUACCUACUGAAUUGUUUAGCACUGUUCUGUCACAUGAAUUCAGCAAGAUGGUGGAAAACAAUGAUGAGGUUUUUAAGAAUGUCGCGAAUAGUACUCGAAAUGCUGCGGUCAUUAAAUCAUUGAGCUGUAAAAAUGCAAAUGAGAAUCGAUCUAAAUUAUCUUUCUCUUUGUGUGCGCAUAAUCGUGUAUCACUUGGCAGUGUACGAAGUGGUGCAGUGAAGGCUGUAAUGAAAAAUGCAGCAAGCAAUUUUUUGACAUCUUACGGUGUCAAAUUUGUUGAUUUGAAGACAGGGUCGGACAUUUGCUUGGAAUGUGUAAAAGCACUAAAAGCGCGGAAUGAAUUUGUCAAAAAAGUUCAGUUAAAAGAAAGAUUAGUAAAGCAGUUAUUGCGAGAGAAAUCGAAAAGGUAUUAUCAUUCUGAAAAUUGUUUUUGGGUAUCGGUACGUUGUUUAUCGCAGUAUCGACAACUGGCCUUACGUGCGCACGAACAGUCCAUGAAAUCAUAUGCAGAAGUCACAGAAUUAAAUUAUUUGUGGCCAUUUAAACGAUUCGGGAAGCAAGAAUCAGUAAGAGACUGUGGUCCUUCAACAUCCGAAGUUUCGCAAAGGCUUUCACUGGAAACUGGAUCUGGAAAAACGGUUGAUGAAUUUGGUUUGCCAGAUGAUUUUGGUCCCGUAACUUUCUCGAGUAAUAGUGGUGAUUCUUCAGAAAUUGCAAUUAAUGGUAGCUGUAAUGAGAAGAAUUCGUCAGCAGCUGGUGAUGCAUCAGCGCAAAGUGCUUUUGUGGAUGGAAAACGAGGUAAUCGGAAACGGACAGUCAUAUAUUGUAAGGAUGAGAUUGAUGAUUCCAUCGUGGAAAAAUGUACUGAUAGUGAUCAGAUUUCAGUAGUGGAUGAUUUGGAGUCCUGCAAAAAACAAAAACUGUUUGAUUGCUAUACUUAUUCAGCAACUCGACAAACAAGGUCUUCAUCUGAAUCACCACCAGAUAUUACUGAAGUGCCAGAUGUGAUUUCCACUUGUGUCGGAAAAAGAGAAUGUGACAAAGAUAAUGAAACAAUAAUUAAACGGUCGACUGAUGCGAACAAGAUUUGUAAUGAUAAUUCAGUAACAGCUGAUUUUGAUGAGUGUGGUCCAUCACAAGUGCAUUUGAAGAAGGAAAAAAGCAAACAACAAAGUUUGGCUACCGAUGAUAACACGCAAGCAUCGGAGAGCAAUACUCGGCUUAAUGAUACACUUCACGAAGAAUUGGAUUGCUCCCAAAGUGAUGAUGAUGAUGAAGAAGAAAGAAGUUCGGUGGUUUUCAAUGGAGACUUGCGCUGUGAACACGGACUUUUGGAUUAUGAAUGUUGGAUGACAAACGAAAGGCGCAUUGUUGUCGACGAAAAUGAGUGGAAACAAUUAACUGUUGAAAUUUUUGGACCGGAUCAUUUAUGGUGUGUUAGUGUCGAUGAAUUUCCUUGUUCCACAUGUAAAUCGGGUUAUUUGUACAAAAAAGAUGAUUGGGAGGAAACCUUACGGCGCAUGAAGGAAAUACGUUUGGCUAUCGGUGAAUUGAUUCGCACAGCUGUGCGAAGGACAAUAACCGUGAAACCAUCGACCCCGCAAAUUUACGAACGUGUUAUUUGUCGAAAUUUUUUGAAAAAUAUGAUUGCACGGUUCAAAAGCCGUGUGCGAAAUCCAACUAUCCCAACGAUUUGUCAAGAUUGCAUGCUUUGUUCACUGCACAAGAAACCAUGUGUAUUAAUUGAUAAUACGGAGGGUUUGCCUGUUCCACUUACUUUGGAAGAAUGGCAAAAAAUCCUAUCAGCUAUGCAAAUUAGUGAUGAUGAUGUUAUGCUCAUUUGCCUUGAUAACAAAGGAGUAUGUGACAUGUUUUGUGAUGAGUGUUUUCGGCAACAACAGCUGCAAGUUGAACAUCAACGUUUCGUUUAUGAAAAUGGUGCUGAAAUUUAUGUGAAACUUAAAAGUGACAAGAAUGAUGAACCAAUAAAAACAGCAAACGGUGACCUAAUAGCACCAUUCAGUGCUACCCCAUCGCUGAUUCGCCCGGAACGUCAUGCGACGACAAGGCGUGCAGUGGCUAAGUGUUCAAUGGUCUUCAAAAUGACAUCUCUGAACACCAUUCAUCAGUUAAAAAUAAAAAUUUAUCAAAAAACGGGUCAAUUACCAAACGAUCAACUUAUUUAUAUGAAGGAAAGACUUCUCAAUGAUUCGGAUACCUUAGAAGAAGCUAGAGUUGAUCCACAAGAGCUUAUUGAAACGCCGUUAACGUUGAUUGUACAGCAACCCACCGACAUCCCAACAGAGCCACGACAGUUGGAACGUGGUUUUGCAGACACUGCUUUGUCACAUAGCUGA